AUGUCUUUUUGUCUGAAUGUUACGCCUUCAACCCCCCCCCACCCCCCCCCCCCCCCCCCCACCCCCCCCCCCCCCCCCCCCCCCCCCCCCCCCCCCCCCCCCCCCCCCCCCCCCCCCCCCCCCCCACCCCCCCCCCCCCCCCCCCCCCCCCCCCCCCCCCCCCCCCCCCCCCCCCCCCCCCCCCCCCCCCCCCCCCCCCCCCCCCCCCCCCCCCCCCCCCCCCCCCCCCCCCCCCCCCCCCCCCCCCCCCCCCCCCCCCCCCCCCCCCCCCCCCCCCCCCCCCCCCCCCCCCCCCCCCCCCCCCCCCCCCCCCCCCCCCCCCCCCCCCCCCCCCCCCCCCCCCCCCCCCCCCCCCCCCCCCCCCCCCCCCCCCCCCCCCCCCCCCCCCCCCCCCCCCUUAAAAAA